AUGACCGCGAAGGUAGAGCUAUACGUGUAUGACCUCAGCAAUGGCCUCGCCAGGCAGCUCUCCGGUCAGCUUACUGGCAGGCAGAUUGAUGGUAUCUGGCACACGUCCGUCGUUGUCUUCGAACGAGAAAUCUUCUAUGGUCAGGGUAUCCUGGAGACAAGACCUGGACAGUCUCAUCAUGGAAGACCGUUAGAGGUCAUAGACAUGGGCGAGACUGCGAUAGACGAAGACAUAUUUAAUGAGUAUCUGAACGAGAUGCGACAACACUAUACGGCUGAUAAGUACCAUUUACUAGAAUUCAAUUGCAAUUCCUUCACGAAUGAUGUCAUUGGAUUCCUCACAGGCGGCUCUAUACCCCCUCGGAUCAAAGAUUUACCUUCCGACUUCCUAUCGACGCCAUUCGGUGCUGCACUGCGCCCGACCAUAGAUGCAAUGUUCCGUCGUCCCACGCCCGGUGCCACUCCCACCCCCACUACGCUUCAACCAUCGCCUGCAGCAGCAGAAGCAGCUAUCGCUGCUUCCCCCAAUCCUGGUCUGGCUGCAUCUCUCCUUCAGGCCGUCGCGUCGCAGGCCUUCUCCCCCUCCGCUCCCGGCGCUGCUGCUGCUGCUGCGCCAUCCGCAUCUACCUCCACCGUGUCGGCCCCCGUUCACAUCUGCACCAAUCGUGCAUCGCUGCACUCACUGCUGCAUCAACACCGCGCGGUCAUCGUGUUCUUCACAAGCGCCACCUGCGGGUCAUGCAAGAUGGUAGAGCCGGUUUUCGAGGAGCUUGCGUAUGCGAAGACGCACGGUGCGAACGCAGACAAGAUAGCCUUUGUGAAGGUGGACAUGGAUAUGGGCACGAGCCACGAAGUAGGCGCCGAAUGGGGCAUCAGGGCAACACCAACGUUCUUCUUCUUCUUGGACGGCAAGAAGGUGGGCGAGAUUAAGGGUGCAAAUGCUCCUGAGCUUCGCAGUCAAGUUGAUCUUCUGCUAUUCCAAGCUUUCCCUCCUCAUCCACACACCCAGCUUUCCCUGCCGGCUGUGGAGACCCUAUCGACGAACCCCAUCCUUUUCUCCCAGACUCCUUCUUUGGACAAUCUCGUCGCCAAGCUCGCAUCUUUCGUUGAUGCUCUACCCCCAUCGCCGGAGGUUGCAGCUGCGAAGGAGAAGCUCUCGAAGUCAUUCCCCAUUUAUCUCAAGGCUCGGUUCCCUCCUGCGAAUAGCGGUGUGCAGCCGCCCAAGAAUCUUUCUGCAAACCCUCAACUCAUCUCGAUGUGGGCGGGCGCUACCGCUACCCUUGCCAGCGUGCUUCCUGUAGCCCAACUUUUCCCACUCAUAGACUUGUGGCGCCUUGCUUUGCUCGAUGAGCCUGUCAGCUCCUGGUGUGCCACCGCUACACCGGUUGUCAAUGCUGUUCACAUUUUUCUGGAUAAGGCCGUGGAGGCCCUCAAUGGCUCGCCGACUGCACGCAAUACGAUUCUGGUCGUACUGCGCAUGCUUUCAAAUGCAUUCGCAAACACUACACUCACGAAGAGCCUCCUAUCAGCUACGGGUAAGCGCGCAGAAACGACGAAUGUGCUCGUGUCCAGCCUGCUGCAUGGUGAUGCUGCGGUGCGCACCGCGGCGGCGAGCUUGGCAUUCAACGUCGCCGCAUUCCUGCAGAAAGGAAGGGUGGACAAGAUGAAGGGGGUGAGCCCAUCGGCGGGCGAGCUGGAGGAGGAUGGGGAAUGGGAGUUUGAACUCGUCAGUGCUGUACUGCAGGCCAUUUCGAACGAGGUACAGAGCGAGGAAGUCGUUCAUCGACUGACAGCGUCACUCGCCUUCCUGCUCCGCCUGUCGCCCACCUAUGACACUCAGAUCGUUCCGCUGCUAGAGAGUUUGCAGGCACGAGACACCUUGAAGGGCAAACUGCAGAGGGGUGGCUGCGGUGAACAAGGCGUGCAGAAGAAAGAAGUACGGAAUCUGGUCGUAGAAGUGGCGGAGAAGCUUUGUCCAUGA